AUGCUGCUGCUGCUGCUGCUGAGAGCUGGAGCCUCGAGCCCAUCGGUGCGGCCACUUAUCUGCACGGCAUCUUCCAAUUCAUCCUUUAGCCUCUUGGGCGCUGCUCCAGGGCAACCAACCCCACAUGCAUGCCGUCGUCGUGUAUGCAACGGCGAGCCACACACACCUCCUCACGUGCGACUGCUGCUCCUGCUGCUGCUGCUGCACCAUCUCCGCCUCCACCACCCACACAUGAUUACAAUGUCUCCUGCUCCUGCUCCUGCUCGUAUCAACGUACUUAGCAGUCGUGUUCACUGUAUGGCCAUGGCUAAUAAUCAUGUCCACGAUACUCGUCCACUUUCAUCUCCAAGCGAGCCUGCCCAUUCUACUCGACCGGCACCACCCUCAUCAAACCUCGCUUUGUCUGCACACGGUACCAUCACGUAUACAGCAACUCGACCAUCGCUUGUCCGUACCCGACUCGCGGCCGGUAAAGACGAUCAGUUCCCACCUAUACUACAAGCUGCCUUCACAUACUUACUCCUGCAUGCCUCUCGUCAUCAGCCCCCACUACCCCCUUUGCGUCUGAUCAUGGCCGCUUCCCUUCCCAAUCAGGCCCUGGCCUGUUGCUUGCCGACUCCGCUGAACGGCUGCAUGGGGGGGUGUCGCCAGCAGCCAAGCUUUGUGUGGACCCUCGACACUGGUUCCGCCAUCCCUAAACUUUGCGCCAUGCCACCACCCAUGCCUAGCCAUCUUUUUGUUGCAUGCUCUACACAUGUACAUACGUACAUGCUCUACAAGACAGGAACCCGCCUUGCUUGCGCUUGUGAUGCUUUGCUGCAGAACCGGCCCGCACAUUGCCCCGCCCAAAUCUCCUACCGGCCUUGGUUUGCACUCACCUACUAUAGGUGCAGCACUCGGCCCAUUUUGGUCAUGGGCCAAGCAAAUAAGUACCUACUCCAACUCUGCUCUGUCUCCGGCCUGCAAAGCUGGCUCGUGCGGUGGCUGCAAAACCAACACGGUGUGGCCGGGCAUCAGCAACCCCCACGAAACAUUAUGCACUCGCCCUUGCCACAUGUGACUUGCAAUGCAAUAAUCAAAUCACUCGUCAUCUUCAACGCUUCACUUGCUAAUUCCCGCAUCCCGUCUGCACACAUGCAAAGUGCUCUCGACGGUCACGCCAAGAAAUGCGCGACGCAUCCAUUUGACCAGAGGAUGGCGGCACGAGAUCCCACAAAUAUUUUGCGCAAAGUCGACAUCAUCCGAUGUCCGUCCAAUCCGGCUAGUGCUUUUCCUGUUCCUUGUCAAAAGCAAAUCACUGUGCGGUUCGUCUUGCUGCUUCCACAUGGGUCGGGUCAUCUUCCCCGACAAAACGACAUCUGGGUUUCAUUCAUCCCGCCCUCUCUUGACUCUUCUGAGCCGAGCCUGCAUCUUGCCACACUCAGUACGUUCGCAGCAAAGGGACAGAUUUCGUCAUGUGCAAACAGCUCGACCACCGCGCCAAGCAUCAUUUCCUGUUCGACUGCCGCCUGA